UCUCUGGCUCCCUCCUCGGCUCCUCCUGAAGGUCACCGGCGGCUUCCGAGUCUCAACCCGCGCAGCGAGCGGGCCAUUAGGGAAGACUCGGGCCGGGCGUGAGGCUCCCUCUGUGGCUCGGCCGCUCCCAGGUUCCUUGAUGGAGCCCUUGCCCUGAGAGAGGACCAAGAUGUUGACACCGGGCGUGCGAAUGAGGUCACAAAGGAGGCUGCGUUCUGUUGCCCCGCGCGUCCUGGAGACCGAGGGAGACGGGAAAUGUUGCCCUCGGGCUGGAUCCAAAGCGGAGAGCGGGGGUGAGCAUGGCACGUGGUGGCAGGGUUGCAGCGCCCGUCUGCUUCCUCCUCCUCACCUUCCUGCCCAUCUGCGGCAGUCAGACUGGGCGCCAGGGGCAUCCUAACCAAGAUAGGCCCGCUUUAGCACUUUCAAAAAAGAACCUUAAAGACCUUCUUAAACUACUUGAUCAGAGAAUCAAAGUUCUGCACCAAAGGCGUUUGACGCUUGAGCAUGACCUUCCAAAAAACCCCAACAGAUUGGAAACAGUAAAUGGAAAAGAACUAAAAGAAUACUUUAUAAAAGAGAAGACAACUCCUAGUAGCCUAACAGCGCAAGAAAGACCAUUUCCCAAUAGCUAUCCAGUGCUGGUUGAUAACAAACUGCAAAAUAUUUUCUCAAAUAUUGAUAUGAAUACUCCAGAGAAGCCUAAUGAAGUGGAGGGUGUAGAAACUGAAGAGGAUAAAAAUGGAAGAACUUUGCUUUCUGACCAAGACAAAAAUGCUGGUAAUUUUGAUGGCAGAUCAAUAAAAACAACUAAUAUUACAUUAAGAUUCCAUUCUACUGACAAUUCAAGCACAACUCUGAUUGACAUUUACAAUUUAAAUGAUUCAAUAGAGACCCCUGAAGUUCAUAUUGUAGUCAGCAACAUUAUGACCCAAGGCAUUAAAUCUGAUUCAGUAAUAUUCAAAGACAAUGGUUUGCAAGUGAUUGUAAACAGUUCGGUGGAUAAGGAAGUGACACAUAUUCCUGAGAAAAGAAGAAAGACUUUGAUAAAACUUGAUCGUGAUAUGGCAGCAAGAGCACUACAGAGGACAGUAAGAGAAAUCUUCCUGUAACAGGUAAACACAAAGGCAGUUCAGAAAGCAUAAUGAGACUACCACCAAAAUCUUCUAUAAGAGCAUUAGACAAAAUACUAAACUAUCAAAAGAAAGAGAAUGAGAAACAGAAACCUUUGCCUUCUAUUGAGAAUAUGGAGUCUUCAGUAGUGGAAAAUAUUCUUAAGGAAUUAAAAGAACGUAAGGGCCAAGAUCCAGGAGAGGAAAAUGUCAAUGAAUAUGGAGACGAGACACCAACGGCCUCUUUCCCGGAAGAAAACCAUCUUAGGCAACCAAUUGAAGCAACUUCUUCUGUUCCAGGUGCCCAGAACAAGAAAAGAGAAAAAGCUGCAGACCUUAAAGACCUGCUAAAGCACAU